ACGAGGAGGUUGUGUCUUUCCAAGCCGCCAUCGGGCUAUUGGUUUCACCAUAGUAUCCUAUCUCAUAUAGCGUAUGGGAAGCAACACAACUGUGCUUGGGACUCAUGCUAUUUAAGGUGCACUUUUGCCCCCUGGCUGCUUUGACUUCCGAGCCUCCCAAUCAUACUUCGUGAAUUUUCUAAUGGUGAGAAACAGAAUGGCUUAGGAAUAACUCUGACAGCAGGAUUCAAGAUUGGCAGGCAUAUACUUUCCCCCCCCCUUCUCUUUACUCUCAAUGCCUCCUUUACCUCGUCUGUGCUUCCAUGCGCUCCAGCUGCGUCUUGGUCCCAGGAACGUCAAUUCUGUAUCAUUGAGCCCACGUAUUGCCUUGCAUCUGUUUUUGGUGGUGCUCUGGAUACCACUUAUGGCAACUUUCCAUGUACAAAGGAUGAUGAUAAUUUUGCAUUUGGAAAGGAUUUGAAGUUGUAUGCAAAAUGUUGUCCAAUUUAAUGCCCCACUCGUAGUUAAACC